AUGUAUGUCAAUCACAUGAAACUUCUAUCCUUAAGGAAAGAAAAAAGAUCAGAAUAUAAGGCAGAGCAACGUGAAGAAGAAGCUAGAAAGACAUACAAAGACUAUGACUGGGAAGGAAUGUUUCAUGAGAGGAGCCUUUCACAAUUAAAAGUAGUCGAGUUAGAUAAGUACAUAGCACACCAUAACCUUGGAAAAUAUGGAACAAAAAAAGCAAAGUUGGAAGUAAUUAAAGAAAAUGUCAUCCAAGAAGUUGCUAAAAGCAUUGAGAGAGAGGAGGAUGGGAAGAGCAACAAUCAGUCGUCUUCUGAUUCACUCAGAAGGGAAUCAGAAGACAACUCAGAGGAAGAAGACUGUGUCCUUGCAGAGAUUGGUAUUUCAAGCUCUGAAAAGGAAGAGGAGUCGACUGAACAAGAAGAAAUGAUUGAGAGCACCAAGAACUUUAAUGUCAAUACGACAAUUGUCUUCACACGCCUGGGCAAAGAGCAACUUGAAUCCAAAUUUAAGGUA